AGGAGAAUAGCCUCUGCGCAAGCUGCUGUGAAUUCUCCCGGGAGACAGAACUAGACAAGCGAAGCCUCACUCCUGGAACCGCUUGGUACUCAAGCUUCCUCAGACAUAAAACAACAACCAUGCACCGGGUAAUUUCCAAAUUUCGUGCCUUCUUUCAGAGGAAAGCAGACUCCGAGGAAGAGAGAGAAGAGAAGCAGAGGCUCUUGGAAGGUGCUGGCAUGUUCCAAACAAUGAAGGGAGUUGCAACAGGGUCCUGCAGUGGCUAUGGUUACCCUAAUGAACACAUCCUCAAUGCUGGUGUCAUGGUGAGCAAGGAACUUCUGAAAGUUAAGCAAAAAGGUCCUAAAGCUGUGGAAAUAGAUGAGAUCAUUCGCGGAUUGGAUGCAAUCACAGUGGGUGCUUACUGUCGUGGCCAUGAUGAACCACCAGAACGUCACAUGACAGUUUCACUUGACUGUAUCAAGUCUCUAAUGGAUGGGGUUGAUCAUAUCAAUCACGAUCUGUCCUUCUCUCUCGACAUUGUCUGUAAAGAUUUUGAACCUUAUAAGGGUGACCUGGUAGAAAUUGAGUUUUCGGAACAGGGAGACCCACAGAGCGGAAAGGCCAUCUCGGUGAAGCCUCUGAAACACUAUCAUAUAAACGAGGUUUCCAUUACCAGAGCAGACGGACGAACUGGGGUGUUAGAAGACACCGUCUUUUUCACCUUGGAUUCUCUGAAACUUCCUUCUGGAUAUGUGCCUCAACGAGAUGAUAUUGUCAAUGUGGUUGCAGUACAGAGCAUUCAAUCCCCCUAUUUCUGGAGAGCAAUCACAAUGACCCCAGUACAAGUAUCAUAGGAACCAAGCCUUUGUAUUUCUUCUUCACCAUUACUUCUAUGGCUGAGGGGCCUGGUUUAAUGCAAUAGUUUGAAUUACUAAGCCAAAAUAUAUGUUCAAUAUGUUUUUACUUGAAAACACCCUGAUGGUUUUGUUGGAAGUAUGGACUCACUUAAGAAGGUGCCUGAUCUAUUCAGAGACAUCCCCAAACUGGCUUUUGUCUGUAGCAAAGGAACAACACUUCAUAUUAGGUCAAAUUCUUUGUUUUCCAUGGUCAGGAAUGUAUUGUGCUGCUAGUGGCCCUUGAGCAACAUUCAGAGGGAGCUCAGCAAAUAGAAGUGUGAAAUAUCUGAGUCCCAUUAUACUGUAUACAGUGUUUACUUUUUCCAUAGCAUUUUUCAUU